AUGCUACAUCUUGCCAGACCUGUUCGGAAUAGGGUGUCACCGUCAGACAGAUCGGGAAAGCGUAGCGAAAUCCUCUGCACACAGCAGACCACGCGGUAUGUAAAGCCAGGUGCGUUUCACCCAUCUUCCAGUGGACUUGGUGUCGGAACAGCAAUUGAUACUCCAGGACGUUCCCCUAGAAGAGAAAUUGGUAUUGAUGAAAUCAUUCCCAUCACUUACGAAGGCAAUCUC